AGUGUGAUAGUGAUGUGAAUAUUUAAAGUUUAAAUGUGUAUUUUAUCUUUUUCAAACUAUAACAUAACCCUGCGUUCGUUAUUUACAUAUUACAUACUGUGAGAAAAGGACUAUUUAAAGAGUUCUUAUUAAUUAGUUACUUUUAAUAAUGAGAGGCACGUGACGUUUGAAAUAAUUUUUUUUCAAACUACAAGCUUUUUCCGACACUAUUGCAUUUUAUUCUGCUCCUUAGAGCAGCUCUUUGUUGUUGCUGUGUGCGUUGUCAAAGAAGCUCCCGUUCUGCAUUCUCGCGAGAUUGCGGAUACUUGAUGGUUUACAUCCGUGGUUUGGUAACAAGGAAGGUUAACUGAUUGAUUGGACUUCCUUUGGAAUUUUGGCAAAAUGAGACUGAAGACGUCACUUUUGAAGGAACCAAAACACAAAGAGUUGGUGAGCUGUGUUGGUUGGACUACAGCUGAUGAAUUAUACUCUUGUAGUGAAGAUCACCAGAUUUUUAAAUGGAAUCUGUUGACAAAUGAGACCACGCAAGUAGUGAAACUUCAGGAUGAAAUUUUCCCCAUUGACCUACAUUGGUAUCCUAAAACUGCUGGUGGAAAGAAGCAGACACAAGCAGAAAUCUGUGUUCUAACCAGUACGGAUGGGAAAUUCCACCUAGUUUCAAAAAGUGGUCGAAUUGAAAAGAGUAUUGAAGCCCACCGUGGUGCAGUACUAGCAGGAAGAUGGAAUUAUGAUGGAACUGCUUUAGUCACAGCUGGUGAGGAUGGUCAGAUUAAAAUAUGGUCUAAAAGUGGAAUGUUGAGAUCCACUCUAACUCAACAAGGAACAUCUGUGUAUUCUGUUGCUUGGGGACCAGAUUCAGACAAGAUCCUCUUCACAUCAGGGAAGCAGCUGAUUAUUAAGCCACUUCAACCAAGUGCAAAGGUUAUACAGUGGAAAGCCCAUGAUGGGGUUAUUUUGAAAAUAGAUUGGAACUCUGUAAAUGAUCUGAUACUUUCAGGAGGGGAAGACUGUAAAUAUAAGGUCUGGGACAGCUAUGGACGCUUGCUUUAUAGUUCCUCUUCUCAUGACUACCCUAUCACUUCUGUAGCCUGGGCUCCUGAUGGUGAGCUCUUCACAGUUGGGUCUUUUAACACUCUACGUCUUUGUGAUAGAACUGGGUGGUCUUAUGCUUUGGAAAAGCCAAACACAGGAAGUAUUUUCAACAUUGCUUGGUCAGUAGAUGGGACUCAAGUAGCUGGUGCAUGUGGUAAUGGACAUGUCAUUUUUGCACAUGUUGUUGAACAAAGAUGGGAAUGGAAAAACUUUGAAAUCAUACUUUCUAAGAGAAGGACCAUGCAGGUGAGGAACGUCUUGAAUGAUGCAGUGGAUGUCUUGGAGUUUCGUGACAGGGUGAUUAAGGCUUCCUUAUUACAUGGGCAUUUGGUAGUUACCACAUCUUUGCAGUGCUAUGUCUACAGCACUAAGAACUGGAAUACACCACUAAUUUUUGAUCUUAAAGAAGGAACUGUCAGUUUGAUCCUACAGGCAGAAAGGCACUUUCUUCUGGUUGAUGGAGCUGGAAUCUAUUUGUUUUCCUAUGAAGGAAGACUCAUUUCAACUCCUAAGUUUCCAGGAUUGAGAACAGACACUUUGAAUUCCCAAACUAUCUCUCUCAGUAAUGACACAAUUGCAAUAAGAGAUAAAGCAGAUGAAAAAGCUGUUUUCCUAAUAGAUGCCCUUUCUGGAAAACCACUUGGUGAUGGCAAAUCUCUCUUGCACAAGAUGGAAAUCAUGGAAAUUGCUCUGGAUCAGUAUGGAUCUGCAAAUGAAAGAAAACUUGCUUUGAUUGAUAAGAACAGAGAUUUGUACAUUGCUUUGGUAAGACGAUUUGGAAGGGACCAAAAGAUAAUAAAAAUUGGCACUAUGGUUCACACAAUGGCUUGGAAUGACUCCACAAGCAUGUUGUGUGGGAUUCAGGACACCCAGUUUACUGUUUGGUAUUACCCUAAUGUUGUUUAUGUAGACAAAGAUCUUCUUUUCAAGACACUUUACACAAAAGAUGCAAGUGAUUUCAGCAGAAGCCCUCAUAUUUUAAACUAUGUUGCCAAUCAAGUUACAAUAAGAAGAUCAGAUGGAUCUCUAGUGUACACGAACAUAUCUCCAUAUCCAGACAUUCUUCAUGAGUAUGUUAAUUGCUCUCGUUGGGAUGAUGCUGUGAGACUAUGUCGUUUUGUAAAGGAGCAAACAUUAUGGGCCUGCCUUGCUGCUAUGGCAGUUGCAAAUAAGGAACUGAUUACUGCAGAGGUAGCAUAUGCAGCAAUUGGAGAAGUUGAAAAAAUACAGUACAUCAAUAUGAUGAAGGAUCUCCCAUCCAAAGAGUCUUUUUUGGCUUAUGUGAUGCUUUUUAGUGGAAAUGUCCAAGAUGCAGAAGGUAUACUUCUACGAGCAGGCCUUAUAUAUCAAGCUAUUCAAGUUCAUAUUAAUUUAUUCAAUUGGGAUCGGGCACUGGAACUGGCAGUAAAGCAUAAAACACAUGUUGACACUGUUUUGGCUCACAGGCAAAAAUAUCUGGAAAACUUCAGCAAAAAGGAAACCAAUAAGAGAUUUUUGCAAUACUCUGAAGGUGUGGAAGUUGAUUGGGAGAAAAUUCAAGCAAAAAUUGAAAUGGAAAUAUCUAAAGAACGUGAAAGAUCGGCUUUAGCCUCCUCAACUACUACAUUGAGGAGCAGCCUACCCUCACGUCAGUAAUGGACAAAACAAUUAUCGUUGUGUAACAUAUAUAUACCUUGUAUUAUGUCCCAAUGUGUAAUAUCAAACAGAAUUUCAGGUAUUUAAUCUUAAUUUUUUAUUUAAUUUUGAUUUAUAUGCAAGUAUGCUGUAUGUGUUUGUAGUUUAUUUGUAUUUAUAUAUUGUAUGUAUGUAUAGCGUGUAUGUUUGGAAAAAAAUUACACAUACUAAACUUUUUAAUAUUUCAAAUGUAAAUCAACACAAUGUACAUUUUUAUUGUAUGCUAUUUUAUAAAACCUGAUGAAGUAUGUGUCUUUUGUAAUAAAUGUGCAAUUGCAGAUGUUGCAUUCGUGA